GUGUGCCGCUGCUCUUCUACAUUAUUUUGUUAUGACAACAAACGAACAAAGUGAAAAUUGCGUAGCAUAAAAACGUAAUUUCUCUGCGUGCUGUGCUCGAUAUUUCUUCCAAAACAGGUGAACAAUAACUAACGAACAGCAGCAACUAACACUACCCACCGGCACAAAGAUGACGAAAGUGGAAAUUCCGCUCAAAACCAAAGCCGAAGCAUCGGAAGGCUUCAUUCAAAACGAGAAGGACGUCGAGGUGCGUGUGCGGGCGCCGAAAAAGGUGUUGCAUUUUAGCGAUGGCACACUGGAAGAGUACAGCGACGACGAGGAGGACCAGGUGGACCGUGCGGAACCCGCGCCAGUGGAUGAGUCCCAGCUGAACUGGAGCGAGUGGAUGCGGUAUAAAACGUGCAAGCUGGGCAGUACGGUGCUGGCGGGGUGUGAUUACGUCGGCGAAGGGCUUGCCUCGUUUCUGGGCAUUACGACCCCCAAGUACAGCUACGAGAUUGAGGAAUUUAAACGAAUGCAGGCGGAACAGCAGGCCGAAGAUCGUGCCAUUCAAUCGUUUGUGGAGCAAAAUCGUCCCCAGAACUCGAACCACAGCGUGUCACAGGAGCAACCUUCAGCGGCAAAUGCAAACAACGACAGGAGUGAAGUUAGUGUGGAGAAUGAAAUUCAAAAAUUUUGAAACUUUUUUUUGGCACACAUAUUGAUACCGAUACCCGUGGCGGUAUUUUCCCGAGAGCAAUAACACUCGGUGCAAUAACGGCGAGUGGGGCGAAUGUAUGUAUUAUAGAGAACGAAAACGUAAGUUUAAUGAUUUAAAAACGAUUGAGUAAUCACAAGGCAACGAAGGCACAAACCAUAUGUACGAAGGGAAACAUGCAUUUGAGGGCAGUGUACUUAAGUAAUAGGAUGUUUUAAUGCUUUAAAGAACGAAACAUUUAAAAGGGACGCGUAAGGUAAGAAAUUAAAUUGAUUGCAUAAAAGAUCUCUAGCGUAUGUCGUGGGGUAGGACCAAUAAUUACACUGCUAUGACGAUGUAAUUACGGUUUCGGAACGCAACACUUGAGGUGUAGUAGGAUUUGUCAUUUAUAAAAUAUUUAAAAUCACCUAGUCUUAUUUAUAAACGAAAAGGAUUACUAUUUUGGCAUUGUGUACAAACAUCACAUCGAAUACAGUAGAGAAAUAAAUCAGGAUAACCUGAA